AUGCUGUCAGAAAUUGACUUGAUUUUUGCCAUCGCUCUUGCCAUAUCGUGGACAUGUGGGACCAUCCUGAACUCAUCCAUUAUAGCUGUGUAUCUCAGUGACUGGAAGAAGGGAAUCAACCUUGGUGCCUGCGAUCAAAUCAUUCUCACCAUGGGUUGCAACAAUCUACUCCUGCAGUGGAUUUUAACAUUGCAUCUGGUGGCUUUUCGAUUAUACGGUCUAUUUGUUGAGGUAUUUCUUGUAGCUCCUGUGUCCUUGAUGUUGAACUUUGGAAUUUCUCUCUCAUUUUGGCUCACUGCCUGGCUCAGCAUCUACUACUGUGUGAAACUGGUCAACUUCUCCAGCAGAUUCUUUAUUCGAUUAAAGAGAGAAAUUUCAACUGCAGUUACAUACUGCAUAGUGGGUACCAUCGUUACUUCAUUCGUUAUUCGUUUGCCCAUUAUUUGGACAAUGCACAAAACAACCAACCAAAAUCUAACAAGGAUUAAUAGUAUCUUCUAUGAUAAUAUUGCACUUGUUUCAUUUAAUGCUGUAUUUAUUUGCUUCCUUCCAACUAUUAUAACUUCCUUCAGUAUUGGACUCAGUUUGAUGUCCCUUUUGAAACAUGUCCAUAAGAUGAAGCAGAAUUCUUCUGAGUUCUGGAAUCCUCAGCUGAAGAGCCAUGUUAAAGCUUGCGGGACAAUGCUACUUCUUUUGACUGUGAACUUGAUAUUCUUUCUGGCUAUUUUUCUUUACUCCCUCUUAAACCGUAAGGCUGGAGCUACUGAGAAAUAUGUAGCCUGGUUUAUUAUGAUGUCAGAUCCCUCAAGUCAAGCUAUAAUUCUUCUGUUUGGUAAUGCCAGGUUAGCAACUGCCUGGUCAAAGUUCUUAUUUUCUUAGUGAUAAAGGCUUAUCAAUGAAAUCUGUCCUACUGUACAAUAAUUAUGUUAAGGUUAAUGGCUGGUGAAACUGGUGAAAGCAUAUUUAUUCUUUAAGUCUAUAAUUACUUUACUAACCAAUGAGAAACUGAUUUCUAUGAUGUGAAAGCUUGAUUUUAACUUAAAUACCAUAUUUUCAUAAUUUGACUUCAAUGGCAGAGGAACUAGUACUAAACAGAAAAGAUGUCUGUUCAAUGUAAAGA